CCCACGUGGUAGACACAUCGAUUGGAUCAGGAUCUAGGACAUAUUGUAGAACUGGCAGCUUAGCCUUCCUGACAGAUUUUGCCCCGACUCUGAACAUAAAGUCAUGCCCAACUAAUAUAGAUACUGCACUGUAUAACAAAUGUUGGAGAAGUCAGGAAUGUUCACUGGCAAUGCCAACGCCAGUGACGACCAGUUCCCGUUCAUUUGUGAGCAAACUACUUUUCACCGUCUCUGCACCAGUUUAUAUUCGCAGAAGGGGCAUGUCCUCCGCAUUGAAUUUUUGUGUGACACUAGCGGAAGGCGUCAGUGGUGGGCUAGCUCACGAACACAGGGUGGACGAUACAUUGUCAACCAGAAGAUCGUUCAUGCUUUCACGUGUGCUGGAAUUCUACCAAGUCAGUGCAUUCACUUCAGUGGCAAUGCCGCCGGCUUGGGAAAAGUCGGUGCUCGAUACAUUACUUCACUAUGUAACAAAGGAGGACACGUGGACGCGUGUGCCAAGUCAUCCAUGCUGAAUGCAAUUGAGGAAGUGAACGCAACACUUGAUAACAAGGAAAAUGUUUUUCUGGCCAUUAUCGUAUUUGAAACAAGUGUACUUUAUCAACAAUGGGUAAUAACAGAUGCUCCCCACGACUCUACAGCCAAUGAGUAUAAUAUCACCGUUCCUUGUCUGUCAAGAAGUGCAAAAAGAAUUGUUGGCUGCUCAAAUGGGUCCAACACCGAACAUAAUUGUGCACCGACUCGAAAAGUUGCAUGUACCAAAAUAGUUUUUCCUCGCACUUUGGAAAAAGGUCUCAAUGUUGUUGAAGUAAAGCAUGACAAUCAACCUGUAGUGAAGAAGUAUGUCGCUGAUGAUCUCAAUUCGUACAACACCUGGAACGGCACCAAAAAUGUAGCAAAGAAAAUGGCGAAAAUAGCAGUUGGUACCAAAAAGGGUAGAGGAAAAACCUGGUUUCCAGAGUUAUCUGACAAACGUAAGGCUAAGCGUUUGCAGGACGAGCACGAGGAUUGUGACAAAAGCUCACUAUUCAAGCAUCUAGGUGACAGCCCUACCAAGAUAAAACUUGAGGAUCCUGCUGCCAUUGAAGCUUGUAAGGCAGGACUAAAAGAUACUCUUAUCUGUAGAAAUGCGCCGUUUUACUGUCAAUGUCGUGACACGUUCUGGGUCGAAUCUUUCAAUCACCAGCUACUCGCACACAUACCAAAACGUGUUCACUUUGGAUCAAGUACUUUUGAAAUGAGAAUGAACCGGACUAUUAUGGACUGGGAGGAUGGACAUGUUACAUGUACAUGUGAUUGUGGCACUGAACAAAAGCGACUAAAAAGAUCUCAGCUUCGCAUACUCAAACUUCAAAAUGCUCAAAUGUUCCUGUCAAUCACACUAAGUGAACUAAUUGCCCUCCUCAAGACCCUGCAUUCAAAAUGGAGUCUUCCAAUGGAUCUAGUCUUCAGGAUGAUCAACUCCAAGUUCUGGGUGAUGGAAGCAGACGUUUGGGCUGACUUGCUAUACAUCUGCCGUUGGGCUAAUCCGAGUAUCUUCAAGGAAGAUGUAUUUUGUGCUCUCUGCAAAAGUGCAUGGAAACAACCGAUAGCUUCAAAAUGCGCCCACCUAUUUUGUUGCACGUGCAUUAUAGAGGGGAUAAAGAACAAUUUGUGUUGUCCUCAUAAAAAGUGUAGCAUGAAGUUGUCAGUGACAUUACCACCACGUGAAGAAUAUGCUGCCGAGACGUUAGUGAGGAAGUAUGAGGAGCAAUGUCGUGACAAGAAUCUCAAGGAACUCAUUUCGAUUUCCAAAAAAAUGGCAGAUGAUUCCAAUGGAGAUUACGAGGCUACUACUAGCCAGGACACAAAUGUCCUUUGUAGGAAAAGAAAUAGAGAUGACACUGGAGCAACUCCUGUAACACCAGCUUCCAAGCGCCCUGACAUCCAGCCUGUGAAAGAAACAGACCUGCUACGUUUUUUGGAGCAAUUGUAUCCUGCCAAGGACAAGUGGUUCAACCUGGGCCUUUGUCUGGGCCUCCCUUGCGUAGAUCUUGAGAGCAUCGAGAACAAGAGACCUGACGAUGGGGACCGUCUCAGAGAUAUACUUCGCAUUCGACUCAAAUCAAGUAACAUAUCACACGAGGAACUCCUUAAAGCACUACGCAGCCAAUCUGUUGGACACGAUGAACUAGCCGCAGAGCUGGACUCAAUGUUUUAACUUUGCUUACAACAUUUAUCUCCUCACAUUGGCAAUGCUGAUUUUUUUUCAAGCACAAGUUGUUUUUCCCGCCCAUAUUUUUUAAAAUUGCCUUUUAUAUCCACACUGCAUGUACAUAUGACUGUA